CUGUCGCCAUCUCUAUUUAGUGUAAAAUUGUGCAAACAAAAAUGGCUGACGAUUGCAACUGGCAGAAUGAUGACAAUAACGAUAUGAAACUAAAAGACGUUGACAGACCAAGACGUCGCGAUGAUUACCAUAGUAGGAGAAGAUCUAUAGAAGACAGACGCCGAAGAAGUCGAGAUAGUGAUAGAUCUUAUAGAUCUAGUGAAGAUAGCCGCAGUCGAAGAAGAACGAGGUCUCGAUCGAGGUCUAGGUCACCGUCAGAGAGAAGACGUAACAGAGAUAGAUCUAGGUCUAGAUCAAGAUCGAGAUCUAGAUCUAGAACAAACUCUAGGUCGAGAAGUAGAUCUAGGUCUAGGAGAGACAGCAGUGAAGACAGCGAUGGUUCUUCCUCUGCACAUGAGAGCAGUAGUAGAUCAAGACUGCGGAAAUAUGAAUCCAGGGGCUACAGGAGGGACGACGCAAGAGAUGAUGAUUUUCAUCGCACUGGUAAUGAAAGAAUUACUGGUCACGAUUGGAGAUCAAAACUGACAUCUAUAAGAGAUGCUCAUUUUAACAGAAGCAAACAACCACCUGUAAUGGCACAAAAUCAGUUUAAGAAUGAUGGCAGCUUCAUGGAAAUGUUUAAAAAGAAAAUGGCAGAGCAAGCCACAUCAGUGACCCCUAAUUCUUUGGUUUUAGCGUCAUCAUCUAUCCAGUUCAGUCCAGAUCUUUCAUUACCACCUCUUACCACAACACCUCUUGAAGAAACAGUGUUAGCUCACUCUUCACAUGCCGAACAAGAUCUUGAUGGUGUACCAAUGCCUGCACAUAAGUCUAUACCAGUUCCGGUGUCUGUGGGUAAACGCAGACUUGCUAAGCCCCUUAAGACUGGCAUUGUUCUCAAGAAGCCACAAGAACCUACAGAGGACGAAGCUAGUCAAGAAAAAUUGGAUGCCUGGGCCAGAUACUUGCAAGAAGUACAGAAAUAUAAAUCUGCCAACUGUAUGGAUGAUGACAACAGUAGACCACUAGUUAAGUGAGUCAAUACAGAUGAUCAAUUUAAGCCAAGAGAUGCUUUUUAAUACCUUUUUAAAAAGUUAAAAUAAAUGCAUCCUAUUUUAUUUUUUUUUUUAGAAUUAUUUUGUCAUAAAUGUAAUUUUGUUAAUCUUGUUAGCAUCUGUCAAAAUCAUUGGACUAGUGUAUUUGUAGCUAAGUAAUGGUGACUAAAAUUAUACAUCUUCAGAUAUUAUUUUUUAAAUAAAUUGUAGGUUAUAUGGUACUUAAGUUUUUUAGUUUUUAAAAAAUGUUAAGCAAUAAAAGAUGUAACAAUUGUUUUUUCACCAUAACUGUAGAAUUAUUUUGUGUAUUGUUCCUUAUAUCUAGCUUCUUUAGCUGUCAGUGUUAAAAAUUAAUUGUUAGGUUUACCAUGUGGAGGUAGGGAGUAAACAUAUCACACAUUUUUAACUAGUGUUCAUCAAUAAACCAGUAUUUUAUGUAUUAACAUUUUACAUGUUAAAUAGUAGAGAAUCCUAACUCUCCUUUCAAGACCUCUUGAGUUCAUGAUAGGGAGUUUUUUUUUUUUCAAAGACGUUAAAAAGUUAAAUAUUUUCUAAGUACAUUGAUCAACCUCUCUUUAGUGGAAUAGGUAAAAAAACAACAACAGCAGUACACAUACUGAGAUACUAAUCCUCUAGCUAAAGAAUAUCACUAGGCUAUCUAUUGUCAACAAGACUGUGUACUCUUUAUACUGACUGUGAUGUCAAAUAGUUUCCACUUAUUAAACUGUAUCAAACUAAUUCAAUCUUGACUUCCUUGUUCUGCUUACUUACUUUUAGUGAUCUUUUUAUUAUUAUUAUUAUUAAAUCAGACAAGUAGUGUCUUAGCUGGUGGUUAGGUGACAUUUUAUGCUGGACAAUGUCUUGUUUUGAGAUAAUGGUAGGCUUUAGUCUGUGUAAUUUCAUAAAUAAUAGGAAGCACUGCAUCAAUAUAUUUAUUUAAUACAUUUUUUUAAUUGCCUGAAGUUCAAAUUGUGUAAAAGAGUCUGAAAGUGUGGCAUUUAUCAAGAUUAAUGAGGCUUUUUAAUUUAUAUUCUUCAUCUUAUCAUCUUGCUCUACAUUGUGAUUAAGAUGUAUUUAUUUAUAAACUACAAUACGUCCCCCCCCCCCCUUUUUUUUUUUGCUGAUGACUUUUCAUUCCUUUUUGCUGUCUCUAAAAAAAAAACUGCACUGAACAGUCUUCUAGGCUUAAUUACAGCUUUCUUUAUCCUAGACGUGUAAACCAAUCUUUAGUGUUGGUUCCAUUGGUGCUUGCAUUCAAAUUAACGCCCCCCCCCCCCCCCCCAAUGUUUAUGAAUCCAAAUGUAUGAAAGAUUGUCAUGAUUUUGAAAGAAUAUUUUUGUCCCAGCAAAAAUUCAUUAGGCAGAUAUAUCUGAUGUAGCUGUCUAGUUUUGUGAGAACUGAACCAUUUUAUUAACAACUAUUUUGUUGUCAUUUUCAUGUGUUUAAAUAGCAUUGAAAUCAAUUUUUUUUUCUAGCACACAAUGCUAGAAGUAGACUAGUACUUUUUUUUCCCCUUUGGACUAGGACAAUUAGUCUGAGGCACAAGGAGACACUUGAGCAAUCUAUCUGAUAUGGCUUUCUAAUGGGUUGCAGUCUUUCAUUGUUUUAGUUAUUUGCUUAGUGGUGUAACUUCAUCAACAAUUCUACCACUUUAAAGUGGACAACAAAAAAGUGAAUCCACUUGUUUGUACUGGAUGACCUACAUGCCUCCCAUACUUGUACAUGAGUUAGGUACUAAUUUAGGAGGUUGGCAUGGUUCUUUCUGUAAAUACUUUAUUGCUUGACAAAUAGAAUGGUGGAAACUCAAACCCAGGUUUAUAAAACUUGUUUUGAGUUUUUGUUUCUGAAGCCAAACAUGUACAGUACAUUUAAAAUGAUUAUUGUUAUAAACUGAUUGGAAUAUAAAUAUUUAUGACCUAACAAUAAAUUUAUUGAUCACAUUU